CCGAUGACUUUUUAUGGUUCCCUUCCUCAGUCCGAUUGACGGAUGAUGAUGAAGCACCGAAUCAGCGUAAUUGGGAAGGCAGUGCUUCAGCCCGGCGUAGCUCCUCCAUGCGCGCGGAAUGUUGCCGUGUCUCUCCGUCAAACGCUCUCCAUCUUCGCUGCCCAAUUCGCGUCCGGAGCAGGACCUCCAUUCCCAUCCGCCGCCGUCACCGGGGACUUCGCCAGGCGGGGCGUCAAGAUCGAGCCAGCCGGUCUCGCCCACUUUCGAUCUACGCCGGGAGUACACGCUCUCUCUUCAGACCAGUUCUUAUAACGAGAUUCGAUCCGCGAUUUACGUUGAAGAAUGCAGUCAGGAAGAGCAGGAAGUGGAUCUUCAAGAGCAAGACGGCAGCGGGUCGACCCAGGAGUGGGUGCUGCAUCGCGUUCUGCAACCGAACAGGGAAUCCGUGGGGGAGGCACUCAGGCACGCCAAGGACAAUAAGCUUACCCGAUUAGUCUCUUCAUACUUCGACCACAGCGAGAACACGUCCAAAUUCUGCCUUUUGCUUUGCCAAAGUGUGCGCCGCGCCCGCGACAUGUACUCUCCUCUUGUUGAGCUGCUCGAAGUGCUUCCUCUUGAUGCGGAUUCGUGUACUCAAUCACAGUGCAACACAGUUCAUGAAGUCUUUGUCCAAUUUGACUGCCUCGACAACCCCUUCGAUUCAGUCCGCUCCGAUGACUUCAGUGAAAUGCGUAGCUGCUUUUCAGAGCUCAAGCAACAGCUGCACCAUAGACUACUGAAGUCCAAAUCAAGAGUUAAAUUUGUUCGCCGUGCCAUUGCAGGGUCUGCGCUUUGUCUCAUCGGUACUGUAGUUGCUGCUGUUGCGUCUGCCAUUGGUGUCACGGCCCAUGCACUCAUUGCAUUUGUUAGUGCUCCAUGCUUGAUGGUGUAUCUUCCACGUGACAAAUUCUCAAAGAAAGAGCUUGCCAAUGCUGCUCAACUUGAUGCUGCUGCCAGGGGUUGUGUUCUCAGCCAUGACUUGGACACUAUUGAUCGCCUUGUCAAUCGUUUGCAUUCUGCUGUGGAGUAUGACAGAGAAUCGAUCCGGUUUGGAUUGGGGAGAGGCAAGGAUAAAAAUCUCGUACUAGGCGUGGUGAAAGAUCUCCGCAAGGACCAUGCUAAGUUCCUUGAUGGACUAAAGGAACUUGAGGAUCGCAUAUGCCUAUUAUUCAACAUGGUCAACCGGGCCAGAAAACUUCUCCUUGAAGAGAUUACCUCCCAUAGUUCUAUUGUUUCUUGAGCAUUUACUUACAUGAUAUGAGCAAGUACUAAUUGGAUUGUAGAGCGAGUACUAAUUGGAUUGUACAUUCGUACUGACCAUUUACUUACAUGAUAUGAGCAAGUACUAGUUGAAUUGUA